GUGAGCACAAGAAAGAAAGGAGGAAGAUGGACCAAUAUCCCAACAUCACGAUCCGUGAGAGGCACACAGUGUCCCUAGCGCUGACGGAGAGCAUGGUCUAUGGGGACGGACCCAACGGGACCCGGUGCUUUGCAGAACACAUCCCCGAAAUCGUCACCGGCAGCAUCACGCUGCUCAUCUGCCUCUGUGGGCUGGUGGGGAACGGGGCCAUCCUCUGGCUCCUGGGCUGCCGCAUCCGCAGGAACCCCUUCACUGCCUACCUCCUGAACCUGGCCGUGGCUGACACCUGCUUCCUCCUCUGCACGUCGGCUUUCCUGGUCAUCUACCACAUGCCCAUGCUCAGCUGCUUCCAGCCGGAGCUGUUGCGGGUGCUGCCGCUGUUCCACUCCAUGGUCCUGCUCACCUACAGCACCAGCCUCUAUCUCCUCACGGCCAUCAGCGUGGAGCGGUGCGUGGGUGUCCUCUGGCCCUUCUGGUGCCGAUACCACCGCCCCAAGCUCCUCUCGGCCGUCAUAUGCAGCCUGCUGUGGGCCCUUGCCUGCGUGUUCUCCGGGCUGGUGUACUUUGUGUGUGACCUGGGACACUCUGGACACUGCUGGAUGGUUCUCGGAACCUUGUGCUUUCUCAAUUUCUGCUUUUUCACUCCCUUUAUGGUUCUUUCCAACGUGAUCCUCUUCAUCAAGCUUCGGCAGAGCUCUUGGCAACAGCACCCGGCGAGGCUCUACACCAUCAUCUUCCUCACCGUUUUCUUCUUCCUCCUCUUUGGCAUUCCGUUCAGCAUCCAGAUCUUCCUCAACUUAAAAGUCUACAUGAGAUUUGUCUUUGAGAUCUGCCUGUUGCUGGCCUCUUUCAACAGCAGCAUCAAUCCGGUUAUUUACGUCCUGGUGGGGAGUUACGGGAAGUCCAGGUUCAGGGGAUCCAUCAAAGUGGCUCUCCAGAGGGUCUUUGAAGACAGGGCAGAUUCCCAGGAGGUGGGUGAGACCCCCGUGAUGGGAAUUGAUGCCUAA